UUUUGAUAUUUCCUGGUUCAUAACUGCAUAGGUGUCAAGAACCCCACAUUUCCCCCGCCAAUUCCAUCAGCAUUAUCCCCUUCCCCAGAUUCUCCCUAUCUCUGUCUCUCUCUCUCUCUUUCCUUCAAGCUUGUAGAGAUUUCGAUUAUGGGUAAUGGGUAGCUCCAAUUUCAGAAAAUGCAUCUUCAAAUUUGCAAAUUUCCCACCCAUAAAUUCAUUUCAAUUUCAACCCACUUCUCAAAUUUCGCUCUAUACUCUUCCCAAAAUGAUUAUUCUCCAAUUUUCAAUAAUCUCUCUCUUAAAAAAUCCCGCAAUUCCAAUCUCAAACGCCUCACUUCCCGCAUUGUUCAGCUCACUCGCCGCAGACAACUCAACCAGGUUUUUGAAGAAAUUGAGGUAGCGAAAAGAAGAUAUGGGGGACUUAAUACAAUUGUGAUGAACGCGGUGUUAGAGGCUUGUGUUCAUUGUGGUGAUAUUGAAUCUGCACUUAAGCUGUUUGAUGAAAUGUCUAAGUCAAGAAGUUGCCAUGUUGAUAACAUCUCUUACGGAACUCUGUUGAAGGGUUUGGGUAAGGCUCGAAGAAUUGAUGAAGCAUUUCAUCUCCUUGAAGUAGUGGAGCGAGGUGAUGCUGUUGGAAGUCCAGAAUUAUCAGCACCACUUCUCUAUGGUUUGCUUAACGCUCUCCUUGAUGCAGGAGACUUACGUCGCGCCAAUGGUCUUCUUGCACGCUAUGGGUUUGUGUUCUAUGAGGCUGGGAGCCCUUCAAUCUUGAUAUACAACCUGUUGAUGAAGGGAUACAUAAGUACAGGUUCUCCCGAGGCUUCAUUCACUGUCCAUGACGAGAUGUUGCGCCAAGGGUUAAAGCCAGAUAAGCUUACCUAUAAUAUGCUUAUCCUUGCUGCAGUGAAGACAGGAAAACUGGAUUCUGCAAUGCAAUAUUUGGAGGAAAUGAAGGUUGCUGCACUGAAGUACAAUUCUGAUUAUCUUCUUCCGGAUAAUGUAGCGUAUACUACUCUAUUGAAGGGUGCUGCACUUGCUAAAGAUAUCCAUUUAGUUCAGAAGAUAAUGAUGGAAAUGCAAACAUCUGAAAAGUUAUCUAUUGAUCGAGUUGCCUACACUGCACUCGUUGACGCUCUGCUAAGCUGCAGCUCAAUCAAUGGCGCUCUAUGUGUGUUCGGGAAGAUAUUAAAGAAGGCAGGAGAAAAUUCAAAGCUGCGGCCAAAGCCUCAUCUUUAUCUUUCCUUGAUGCGUGCUUUGGCUCACAUAGGUGAUUUAUGGAUGGUGAAGAACUUACACAAUCGCAUGUGGCGGGAUUCUUCAGGAACCAUCACUCCUGCAGUUCAAGAAGAAGCUGAUCACCUUCUAAUGGAAGCCGCUUUGAAUGCUGGACAGGUUGAAGUUGCUGUACAGAUUCUUUCAGAUGUUAAUGCUAGAUGGAAAGGACUGUCUUGGACAAGUCCAGGUGGCUUGGCUGCUGUACGCCUUGAGGCUUUGUUGGGAUUUGACCGGUCCGUGUUCUAUCCCUAUGUUCUUCCCCAGGUGUCAGUAGAUGAUACAGUGGAGAGUAUCAUGAUUCCAUUUGAAGAAGCUAACCCUCUACAAGCUACCUUAAAGCUAAAGGAAGUGUCCAUGCGUUUCCUGGAGGAAUCGGUUGUGCCCGUCAUAGAUGAUUGGGGCAACUGUGUGGGACUACUACACCGCGAAGACUGUACAGAUGAUACAAAUGGAGAUUAGGUCGGGAUACCAAACACCCCCAUGAGUGUCGGCCAUGACAACAACAGGGUUCUGAACAGCUAUCCAUUGAACCUGUCUGUUUAUUGGGCAGUAGGCUCUGUUCUUUUUGGCUUAACUGCAGUUUCAUGACUUAUUUGGCAGUUCAGUUAAUUUCAUUUCAGUUCAGUUCAGCUCAAAAGAACAGGGCCUCAGUAAGUGUAGUCUACACAUAAUAAUGGGUACUUCUGAAUUGUGGUUUGAUGCUACUUUUGAAGUUUGAUUUGUAAACAGCCAUUGUUAAAUGAUUAUUUGUGUGU